GACCGAGACACGCUGCCGCAAUGAUCGGGCAAGAGAGGUAGAGAUACUUUGUCUCUAUUACGCACGUCCGCUGUUGGCGGGGACCGAGAGGCACUCGCACAGCGAGGAGCACUUCUGCGCGAGGUUUUGUCAGGAAGGAAAAGGCUGGCAUCCACCACAGCAAGGCAAAAUCCUAGCAUCCGAUCUACAGCGCACGAUCCUUGUUGGUUUGGGUACGCGUGCUACUGCUGGUGUGUGCACUAGAAAAAGGAGGAUCAUGCGCACUCCUGUGCGCGUGAUCUGCGUGAUCCUGUCGACGUUGGUCUACCUUUUCUGUGCUUCUGUGGGCAGGGCGCUCGCGGAGGAGGUCGCGGUGGUUGCGCCCGAGGAACGAGACCCACCGCAACCGCAGGAGCAGCAGCAGCAGCAGCAGCAGCAGCAGCAGCAGCAGCAGCAGCAGCUCGAGCAACUUCAAACGGAAUCAGGACCUGCGGCUGGGGAGGAGGGAAACGCGGUGAGUGAGGACGAGGACCUAGCUGGUGUCGAAGACGAUACUGCCGCCAACGCCGCUACUGCUUCCGUUGCCAGCGCUGGCGACGCCACCUGCUCGGCAGCGGCCGCCGCCGGGUCUUCUUGCACCGACGACGAGGGGCAGAAGCAGCAAGAGCAGCAGCAGCAGACGCCGCACAAAGGGGAGGGUGCCGUCAAGGUCGAGACGGGCGAGCUGGACGGCGUCCGAAUCGAGUUCGUUGGGAAGACGGAGGGGACCAUCCCCGAGCCCGACCGCCCGCCGCCGCCGCCGCCGCCGCCGCAGGCGGCAGGCGGCACUACUGCGGCGGCUCCCGCGGAGAUGAUAAAUAUGGAGUUCGAGCUGCUCCGGUGCGACGGAGGGAGUCACCGGGACGCCGCUGCCGCCGCCGACAGGGGGCUUACAGUCAAGGGCGUGUGGAGCCACCUGCGCAGCAAGCUCGAGAGGUCUUGGGAGAACGCGCAGCGGAUCGUACCGAGCGCUGACGACGCGUCGCGGGAGGGCGCUGAGUCCGCAGCGACAGCAGGGAGCACGCAAGACGCAGCCUCUUCCGCGGGCAGCGACGCGGGCAUCGGGUGGCGAGCGCUUGCCGUGGUCGCGUCCCCGGUGCACCACCUCUUCGGGAUGCUGGGAGGGAUGCCCGGGUGGUUCAGCGACGCGGUGUUCGAGGUGAACCAGAAAGGUGGCUCGGCCUACAAAGAUCUCUCGCAGCGACUCGUGCUGGUGGAGAACCGCCCCCGCCUCCUGGAGCUGGCCUGCUCGCUGGUCGCCCCAUCCCUCCACCCCCAACCGCCCGCCGCAUCCGUAACGGCGGCGGGAAUGCCCGCGUUCGUGCCCGGCCUUGUGCGCAAGCUCUGCUCCUCGGACGCCCCUUUUCCCGGGAAGGUGGUGUCUCGCCCUUGCCGCGUGGCGACCGAGGCCAAGGCAACGGCGCAGCAGCCAAGCGGCUGGGUUUCGACGAUGGCGCCGGCUUGGGUCUCUUCGGCUGCUGCUGGUGGUGGUGAUGCCAUUAGCGCAAUCAUCGGCGGGGGCGGCGGCGGAGUUUGCGAGUGCGCGGGCCGCGGCCCGUGCACGAUCCGAGCGUCUCCUGGACGCGAGCCCUGCCUGCACGUGGAGGUGGGGGACGUCAACAAGCGGGGAGGAAGAAGCGGCGGCGGCGGCGGUUUCAGCGCGGAGAGCGUAGAGUCGACCUCCGCCGUCCGACUCCGUACGUACAGCCUGCCGACGACGGCAGCAGGGGCGGCGUCCCCUAGGGCAAGCUCGGCCGAAGGGCAAGAAUCCGCGGCGGCGACGGCUGUAUUGGACGCACUGGUAGCCCUUCACGCUGCGGCGGUCAGGCUGGGCAUGCCGCCGAGCAUCGCGGUGCCGGUCUACGCCGCGAUGCUGCUGGCGGGAGUCGCGCUCCUGCUCGUGGCCCAGCCCCUCAGCGAGUCCCGGGCGUUCCACUACCUGCUGUCGGCGUUGCUCGGGGGGGUGGUCGGGGCGGCGGCGGUGGUGCUGCGCGCCGUAAAGAACCCUCACCGGUCUUUGUUCAGGCUCCUGGUGUUGAGCGGGGUCGUGACGUGGCUUGUGGUGGCGGCAGGGGUAGACCACAUCCCGUCUCCUGCCGAGCUGCUCAGCAACCUACCCGGCGUGAUGUUGGCGUGCUGGAGAAUGGAGUUGUGGAGCCUCCCCUGGGCGGGCAAGGCUUUCUUGGCAGCGUCGGGGCUGGCGGGCGUGCUCACCACCUGGCGGCAGGGGCUGUUUCUGGAGGAGGCGGACGAGACUCGUGGAACCUGGGUGCUCACCUUGUCAGGGAUUUUCCUGUUAUACAGUGGCGUUUCUGACCCCGACGUCGGCAUGAUGGGUGGGAUUCCGGAGACUGAGAGAAUCAGACGGGCAGACAGAUGA